AUGGCCAUAGGAGAUGCCGCCACGUGCACCCUCACUCGGAUCCUUGUCUCCAGCCGUUGGAUCCAGAAAAUCCUCGAGGAAUUGCCUUUUUCUGAUGAGGUUGAAGUUGAGAGUAACCCAGAUAUUCUUGAAAACACUUCUUCUGAUCAAGUAGAAGAUCAGAGUAGGCGGGAUUUUCUGAAAAAGACUUCUUUUGGUCAGGUUGAUGUUGGGAGUAGGCAAGAUUUUGAGAAAAAGAAUUCUCAUGAUGAUAUUAAGGUUGAGAGUAGGCAAGAUAUUCUGAAAAGGCUUCAAAAAGCUUUAAAAGAUAAAACUUAUCUGCUUAUUCUCGAUGAUGUUUGGAAUCAAGAUCGUCCCAAAUGGGAUAAUUUUAUCAAUUCCUUGUUGGGCGUGACUUCUGUCAAGGGAAAUGCGAUUGUUAUUACCACCAGAAAUACUGAAGUCGCUUCAACUAUGCAAUCACUUCAUACAUAUGAGCUCAAAGGAUUAUCACAUGAAGAUUGUCGGUCAAUAAUCAAAGCAAAAACUUUUGGAAAACAGGAUAUUCCAUCAGAGUUUGAGGCCAUAGGGAGGAAGAUUGCAACAAGAUGUCAAGAAGAAGAAUGGCUCUCGAUCGAAGAGAAAUGGCUUUCUCCUGGUGAAGGGGAUCAUAUCACAAAGAUAUUGAAGUUGAGCUUUGAUAAUUUGUCUCUGCCGUCACUCAAGAAGUGUUUUGCAUGUUGUUCGAUCUUUCCUAAAGGUCGCAAAAUCGAAAGUCAAGAACUGAUUGAGUAUUGGAUGGCAGAAGGAUUCCUUGAAGCUAAUGGAAGCGGUGAGAUGGAGUGCUUAGGCGACAAAUUUAUGAAAGUUCUUCUGCACAACUCUCUACUACAAGUUGCAGAAAGAGAUGAUUAUGGAAAUGUAGAGAGUUGUGUGAUGCACGAUCUGGUGCAUGAUCUCGCAUGUUCAAUUUCAGUUUCUUGUAAUAAUACUGAAGGCGGAAGCCGAGUGAGAUACAUGAUUCAUGAUGAAGAAAGUCGUAUUCCAAAAGAAGUGGCAAAAUAUUUGCGUACGUUACUGUUCGAGGGAAACAUUUAUGGUAACAUGUUUGCAGAUUUUGAUGGUCUACAUGUUUUAAUUAUUGCUGAUGAUGAAUGUAGAAAGUUGCCAAGAUCCUCGGUUGAGGAACUGGAGUUGAAGAAUUUAAGUAGCCUGAUGAAUUUAUGGCCUCGUCUAUCAAAGUUACGAAUUACUGAUGUUUCUCAAUUUAUGGCCAUUCUUUCUAGUGAGGCGUUAAGAAUAGAUUUGUGGAAUAGCAAGACUUAUCCAUUGCUCGAUUUUGCUGCAUUGCUCUCCUCCCAAAGUGCUGUGUUUUCCAUUAGCUUUUGA